AAAGGAAAAAGAAAAAGUACCACGAAUGGAUCAUUCCAUUUUGACGUACGGAAAAUUCACAAGUUGGCGGAGAUGAGAUUUGAUUGAACACAAGGAAAAAAACAGGGAGAGAAAGAAUUUACCCGACACCAUAUUGUGUUCAGGAAGAAAGCAAAAAAUGCAGCUGGCCAAACUUGACGAUUCUCCCAUGCUUCGCAACCAAAUUGAGUGCUUGGAGGAGAAUGCUGAGUCAUUGAAGGAAAGAACAAUGAAGUUCUACAAAGGCUGCCGAAAGUACGCAGAAGGACUUGGAGAGGGAUACAAUGGAGAUGUUGCUUUUGCAAGCGCCCUUGAAGCUUUUGGAGGCUGCCAUAAUGAUCCUCUUAGUGUUGCUUUUGGGGGUGCUUUGAGAGAAAUUGGGACAUACAAGGAAACCCUUCGGGCAGAGGUAGAGCACGUUCUAACUGAUAGGUUGCUACACUUUGUUGAUGUUGAUCUGCAUGAUGUCAAGGAAGCCCGAAAACGUUUUGACAAGGCUAUCCCUAUGUAUGACCAGGCACGUGAGAAAUUUCUAUCAUUAAGGAAAAGUACUAGAAUGGAUAUAGCUCAAGCCACAGAGGAGGAACUUCACAAUGCAAGGUCCAUAUUUGAGCAAGCCCGGUUCAAUCUGGUCAGUGCUAUCUCUAAUGUCGAGGCAAAAAAGAGGUUUGAGUUUUUGGAGGCUGUCAGUGUAACAAUGGCUGCACAUCUUCGUUUCUUCAGACAGGGAUAUGAGCUAUUGAAUCAGAUGGAGCCUUAUAUUAACCAGGUCUUGGGUUAUGCACAACAGUCAAGGGAAAGUUCCAACUAUGAGCAAGCAUCUCUUAUUGAAAAAAUGCAAGACUACAUAAGGCAAAUUGAUUACAAAAAUAAACAGGCUCUAAAUGGAUCUUAUGCUUCUCCCAGUGAUGUUGGUAUGCAACCUUUCAAUAGAAAAUCGCAUAAAGAGAUAGAAGCAGUUAUGCAAUCUGCUGCAAAGGGAAAGGUUCAAACCAUUCGACAAGGAUAUCUUUCAAAACGUUCCUCAAAUUUGAGGGGUGACUGGAAGAGAAGGUUCUUUGUUCUUGAUAGCCGAGGCAUGUUGUACUACUAUCGCAAACAAUGGAACAGGUCAUUUGCAGGUGGGAGUCAACAUUCCAAUGAGCCUGGUUCUGGGCUGCUGAGUCGCUGGCUAUCUUCUCAUUACCAUGGUGGUGUACAUGAUGAGAAAUCUGUCACACAGCACACUGUGAACUUACUGACAGCAACAAUAAAGCUUGAUGCAGAUCAGUCAGAUUUGAGGUUCUGCUUCAGGAUCAUUUCACCAACAAAGAACUAUACUUUGCAGGCAGAGAAUGCACUGGAUCAAAUGGACUGGGUUGAAAAGAUAACUGGAGUAAUAGCUUCUUUGUUGAGUUCCGACGCACUUGAAAGGCGUCUCUCUGGUUCUUCAACUGGAAGCAGCGAUCAACAGCCUGCUAACCAAAGUGGUUCACCAGGAAGUUCAUCUCAUUUGGAUCAGACUGUAAUUGAAGAGCAUGCGUCUAAGAAUCUUACUUCUGGAAAUUAUGCGCGUGCAUCUAGAAGUCUGCAACAGCGAAAAUGCAGUGGAAAAAAUGAGAAGCCAAUUGAUGUGUUGAGAAGAGUACGUGGGAAUGACAAAUGUGCUGAUUGUGGUGCACCUGAACCGGAUUGGGCAUCCUUAAAUCUGGGUGUUCUUAUCUGCAUCGAAUGCUCUGGCAUUCACCGUAAUCUUGGUGUGCAUAUAUCAAAGGUUAGAUCACUGGUACUUGAUGUGAAAGUGUGGGAACCUUCUGUCCUGACAUUGUUCCUGGCACUGGGUAAUAACUACGCAAAUUCAAUCUGGGAGGACUUGUUGAAUCCAAGCACUAGUUCUCAAGCUGAUGAUACGCCUGUGGAUUCCCCGACAUCUGAUAAAUCCAAACUGUCGCUUAUGAGCAAACCUGGUCAUGAUGAUCCUAUUUCAGUGAAGGAGAUAUUCAUUCAUGCAAAGUAUGCAGAAAAACGUUUUGUUCACAAGAUAAAGGACAGUCAGCAUCUUCGUUCAAUUGCACAAAAAAUGUGCAGAAGUGUGCGUUAUAAUGACAAGAAAGCAGUUUACCGCAAUAUUGUCAGUUCUGAAGUUGAUGUCAAUGCUAUCCAUGGGAAAGCAUCAUCUAACACGUUCUUAACUCUAGCUGAAGUAAUGAAGUUGCAAGAGCAGGUCAGCGUCGAUAAUAAAUUUGAUUUCUUAGUAGAUAGUUCUUUGGGUAAGGCGUCCUCAAGCUCUUCAGACAAACCCAGUACAACCGAAGAUCAGUCCAUUGAGGGGUGUCAUGAUGGUUGUUCGCUACUUCACCUUGCAUGCCAAGCUGCAGACAUUGGUAUGGUGGAGCUACUUCUACAGUAUGGAGCAGACAUAAAUGCUUCUGAUUCUAUGGGUCAGACCCCUCUGCAUCAUUGCAUCAUCAGAGGGAGAACUGCAAUUGCAAAAAUACUGCUGAAAAGGGGAGCUGAUCCACAAGCUGUUGACAAGGAAGGUAAAACCCCUCUUCGGCUCGUAGCUGAAUCAACCAUUGAUGACAGCGAGGUCCUAGCACUCUUAAAGCAAACAAACAGAUGACAUUCUGAACAAGGAUCACUGGAAAGGCCAACAAUAUCUGCAUUUUGAAGACGAUGCAAGAGCCUUGUAUUAUAUUUCAGAAAAUUGCAGCCAAUUCCUUGUCUCCUAUAAGUAAAUCCUCAUGCAGGCAGAUUAACUGAGUCAUGCACCCCUUUUCACCAUGGACCUUGAAAGCGUACAUAUCCAUGGAAGGCUCCAUUCUUCAGGACUCCAUGAAGCAAGGUGCUGUAUCUGUGUUCAUCCUUUCCCCAACUUUUUGAUUUGAUUUUUGUUCCUAUGAGGAUUCUUAGGAGUUUACAGUGUAUAAUAUCACAGCUCAACUCUAUCGCAUCCCCAACCCCAUGCUGCCCUUUUGCCAUUAGAGAUAAGGCCAGGAACCACCAUCUUCCCGUAUUUGCUAACCAUUUUGAUCCUGUGUUCCCAUGAAAGCAUGGUAUUCACCUCUCAAGUUAGUCCGAAUUGACUUGAUUUUAAGCCAAGUUGUAACACAACCUAUGUUUUUGAACUUUUCACAAGAGAUGAAUCUAUGUAAAUUUAGAGAAAGCAUCAAUAAAAUGAAUACAAUAACGG